AUGGCAAAGACUCUGGAGGAAUUCGCUCAAUUAGAGCCACUCUGGGAUAAAGUGAUCCAAUCCCCAGCGGAAAUUUCAACCGAGGAGAAGCACCGAAUGAUGGAAUGGCCGCCUCGUGCGGAGAUGGAAACAACCACCCAGAAAGCCCUCGGAAUUUCAGUGGAUGAACUGGUUCAAAAGGCUGCCACGACUCCAGAGUCUCUAACAUACUCGGAAUGUCGUCUGAUACGUGACAAUUUCCGUAUGUUAGGAUAUAGGGACCUAAGUGAUCGAUGGGAAUGGCCGUUUAUACGGCCCGAUCUUCAAACUAAGAAAAGGCAAGCAGAAGAGGUAGCUUUGCCAUCACUGGAGCGAGAGGCCAUUCGGAACUUAUACGAGAUCUUCUACGAGAAGGAAACGACAGAGCUUGGCGCAAGACAUGCAAAACGAAAGCCACUAGUAUUCGAUGAAGCUCGACAAUCAUUUGCUACCUAUGGGGAUGAACAGUUUGUUGGUUAUGUUUGGGCGAUCGACCCUGAGUGGUCUUCUUCGCGUCUGGGGAUGGUUAACGACGGCCGACUCAAAAUCAAUGCACCCCAAAUCUUCUGGCGGUUCUACGAGUUCAUGUCGAGCCCUGAUCCCCCUUUUUCACUCAAGGAUAUUUGA